AUGACCGCUGCCAUCGUCUCUCCAACACAGGCAGUGCCAAAUAUGACCCCCGACUACGAGGUCAGACUCCUACUAAACUCAGCCGCGGUCCUUAGUCCUCUAUACGAACUAACGGACACGGUACUCUCUGCCUUCGAGAUGCCCCCAACCGUCACGAAGAUAAAUGUCCAGUUCCUCGACACGAGCUCUAAAGAGCUCUAUACCGCUGACUGGAGCACCCGUAUUCGCAAGACCGAAAACAAAAGCCUCUUCGAGUUAACAUAUAAGAAGCGGUAUGCUAUCACGGACGGUGAUAUUGAUGCUAGCCUCACUGCGGCGAAUAGCGAUGGUUUCACCGCUGACAACGCAAAAUACGAUGCGCAAGUCGAGUGGGGCUACCAGAAGCAAACACUGUCUAUUAGCCGGAAGAAAACCAUAGCGGAUCAAGGGAGUAGCGGGACGGACUUGCCGGGGACGAGCAACUCGCAGAAAAUGCUGAUCGAUCAAGCGCCGGACAAGUUCGACAACUGGAGGUCUAACAAAUGGGGCACCAGUUUGUUAGCAGCAUCACGCAUUUUUGGCCCGGUUCUCUUUACGCGCUCCAUUGGCUCAUGGAACGGAAUACAGCUAUACAUCGAAGUCUGGCCCCUCAUGAACUUGGCGGGUACCGGAUCCGAGUACGUCGUCGAGGCUUCGUUCAAGACGAAGAGCCGUACGACGGCCUUGAUUGAGCAGCGUAACUUAGUUAACUUCUUGCAGAGCAAUGGCUGGUUUCUUGCACAGGACUCGCUAAAGACCCAGUUCAUUAUGGAGCGCUACUGA